AUGUUUCGAACUAGUUUAACUAAUUACUUAAAAACGGUUCUGACCCAAAAACGUGGAAAUAGAAUGAUUUUCCAGACAAAAACAAAUGCAAUGAAAGUUAUUCCGGUCCCAGCUGCGGUUGUUGACCCAGCAGAACCUGAAAAAGUACUUCCUGUGGUUGAACAGCACGGUGCAAACCUUAAGCAUUUGAUCACAACUCAUUAUCACACGGAUCACUCUGGUGGAAAUGAGAAACUCGUUUCUCAACGUAAAGAUUUAAUUGUUUAUGGUGGUGAAAAGAAUAUUCCUGCAUUAAAUCAUUUAAUGGAAGAUGGUGAAGAAUUUAGUAUCGGAAACAUUACUGCAAAAGCUCUUUAUACUGCUUGUCAUACUCGAGGAAGUGUCAGCUUUUUUUUGCAAGACAAAGAUGAUAAAGUCGUUUUCACUGAUCAAAUGUACAACUCCUUAAUUAACGUUCUUGGAAAGCUUCCAGAAGAAACCAAAGUUUAUUGUGGUCAUGAAUAUACUAAAAGCAAUCUCAGAUUUGCUGAAUCUAUUGAACCUGAUAAUCAAGUUCUUAAAGAUAAAAUUCAAUGGGCUUCCGAAAAUCAACAAACCAUUCCAAGUACUAUCGGUGAUGAAUUGAAAUUUAAUCCUUUUAUGAGGGUUAAUGUAGAUAGUGUCAAGAAAGCUACUGGAAAGAAUGAUCCGAUUGAAGUUAUGGGAACUUUGAGAGAAAUGAAAAAUAAUUUUAGAUAA